AUGGUUGACGGCAGCAUCGGACUGGAUCUGAGUAACUUCCUUGCCGACCAAUUACUGCGUCCUGCCACGCCCGUCCUGGCAGGGCGGCUCAAUCGAGAUAGAGAAGUGAAUAAUAGUUCGCUGCUAGUCCGGCCUACGUGUGCUGAGGCCAUAAACGCCGCAUUGGGGUACGAAUUCAGGAUUCCUAUCAUCAACGCCUGCAAGGCGGAUCCAAAGGCAAAUGCCUCCUUGACUGCCCUCGCAGGUAAUCCUGCCUGCAAAGACUACAAGUUCAGUACCCGCCAUCGCAAGUGCGAAGUUCUCGCAGCUCCCUUCAUGAAAUGUGUAGCGCGAGAACUUGGUUUCUUGAAGGCUGAUGGCUCCAUCGACAACACUUUGGUCAUCUCCCAGUACAAGGCUUUGAUCUUCGGCAACCCUGCCUGCAACGCUGCUCAGUACGACUACGCUGUGAAAAAAUGCGGAAAGAAAAUCAAGAACUACGCGUUCCUAAAGAAGGCCGCAUGCAUGGCCAACGCGACGGAAAAGAACACUGAUGACCUGCACCAGCUGGUCCUCAUGCCUUCAUCUGACAAACAGCUUUGAAGUGUUCACAACAGGUUGGAAAAGUUUCUGAACACUUCAAUAAUGGAACUUUUUUAUUAUUUCACCCAAGCUGUGCGACAUUAUUUGCAAUACAUUAUCUGCCUAAA